AAGCUACAUGCCAGUUUCAUAAUGGCGCCCUUUUAAAUUUGUGUAGCAAGUUUCCAUCUCAUAACGUCUCUGUAAUUUCUGUGAGAAGACAUAUUUUAUGCAGAAUUUCCACUCAGCGUUGCGUAAGCUGACUACGUGGUUCUGCCCCUUCUAAAGUAAAGCGCGUUAGGUAUGGACGCCGAGAGCGAUCUGAAAACUGCCUUGACCGAAACGCUGGAAAACGGUGGAGUAUUGCGAUCCCUCCGCGCUGGGCUCCGAACAGAAAUCCUGAGGGCACUCGAAGAACCGCGUCCAAGCGAGCAGCUUCUCCACCUACCGCCCGAGAACUGCCUCAUCAACGAACUCGUGCUCGAGUACCUGUCGUUCAACAACUACAGACGGACGGAGUCUAUUCUUGAAGCAGAAAGUGGCUAUCGUCGGAGUUGUGUGGGCAGAGCAUUCCUCGAGAAGGAGCUGAACGUGGCACCAUCCGAGAAAGCUUCUCGUCUCCCCCUGCUCUACGCCAUCGUUGAGACGUUGCGAACCAAGACCUCCGGCGGAGCUGCUGACAAAGGAUAGAAUGCUGCUUGCUGUUUUGGUAGCAGUGCCGACAAUUCCUGUACAUGUUGCUCACGUCUAAUUUGUACUGUAUUCUUCGUUUUUAUCAGUGAAAUCCUUCUGUAGUAAGGACUAUGCACGUAACAAAAAAAAGAAAAGCUUCACCACUUACAUUACCAAUCCAGAUGCUUCUACCAUCAUUCGAAAUGUGCUAAGUAAACUUGCGUUAACUCGACCUCGGUUAAUUCGAUUUUUCGUUUAAUUUCAUUGUGUUCAAAGGUUCUGUCGGGCGCCAAUACAUUUCUGUGGAGGAAGAAAUUCAA